UAUAAAAGACAGAAGAAGAGUGGCAUCACGUUGCUUUCUUUCCCUGCAGAGGAAGAGCACUGAAGUAUGGAGCGCCUGACAGUUCUCUCCCUGACACUUGCUGUGUGUUUGACUCUAUGUGAUGCUGCUCCCACGACCGCAUCGCCAGAUGACCAGCACAUCGCAGAGGAAUAUUUAGCACAGUUCUACAAGAACCAAGAGGCUGUUCAACCCCGUGGCAGAAAUAUGUACCUUCCCAAUUUUGAGAAAGAUCUGAAAGCCAUGCAGGAGUUUUUUGGGCUGGAGGUCACAGGCAAGCUGGACACAAACACUGUGGAGGUGAUGAAAAAACCGCGCUGUGGUGUCACUGAUUUGGCAAGAUACGGACACUUCGAUGGGAACCCCAGGUGGAGGCAAAGUGUUGUAACAUACAGAAUAACUGAAUACACACCACAGUUAAGCAGGAGCGAAGUAGACGCCACUAUCGCUAAAGCCUUCAAGCUGUACAGUGAUGUCAUUCCUCUCGAUUUCAAACAGAUCCAAAGCGGCACAGCCGAUAUCAUGAUUCUCUUCAAAGCAAGAUAUCAUGGAGAUUUCUACCCAUUUGAUGGACCCGGUCAGGUUCUGGCACAUGCCAACUCUCCUGGUCCAGAACAAGGAGGAGAUACACACUUUGAUGAGGAUGAGAAAUGGACAUUAAGUCAACAAGGUGUGAACCUGCUUUUGGUGGCUGCCCAUGAAUUUGGUCACGCGCUGGGAUUAGAUCACUCUAAAGACCGAUCGGCUCUCAUGUUUCCAAAUUACCAAUAUGUCAACACAAAUGGCUAUAAACUUCCCCAGGAUGACCGACUCGGGGUCCAGGCUCUGUAUGGCGUUCGAGGAUCUACAGAUAAACCUGCCCCAAAACCUGAGCCAAAGCCUGAACCAAAGCCUGAGCCAAAGCCAAAGCCUAAGCCUAAGCCAAAGCCUGAGCCAAAACCAGAUCCUGGCCUGAGCAACGCACCUGAGCCAUGCAAGCGUGACUUAGUUUUUGAUGCAGCAACCAGCAUUUGGGGAGAUCUGUACUUCUUUAAAAAUGGAUACUACUGGAAGAAAGGAUAUUACAGUGGACUUUCACAGCAAAAAAUAAGCUCUUUGUGGCCGUCUAUUGAUUCUGUUGAUGCUGCUUAUACAGCGAAGGACAAAAAAACUGCCUUCCUCUUUAAAGGUCAGCAGUACUGGGGUGUCAGAGACGGCAAAAUCUUACCUGGAUAUCCCAAACCGAUUUCCAGCAUUGGGUUUAUCCCAUCUGUGAAAAAGAUUGAUGCGGCCGUAUAUGUGGCAUCCACUGAUGAAACUCUAUUUUUUGUUGAAAGCAAAUUUUGGAGCUACAAUGAAAAGACGGGUAAACUGGACUUCCCCAAAAGCAUUCAGCAUAAUUUCCCUGGAAUUGGGUCACGUGUGGAUGCUGCUUUUGAAAAUGCUGGUUACCUGUAUUUCUCAAACCGUGAACAGCAAAUUGAGUAUGACUUCAGCGCAAAACGAGUGAAUCGUGUUCUGUUGAAUUAUGGAUGGUUGAACUCUCAGCCAAAAAUAGUCUACAUGAAUGCCAAGACUGCUGUGUUUUUUUGUGUGUUUGGAAGAUCACUCAUUCGUGUGAAUUGCAAGUGGAGAAUUUCUGCGACUAGUAUGGAGCACCUGACAGUUCUCGCUCUGGCAAUUGCCGCGUGCUUAGCUCUUUGUAACGCUUCCCCACUGCUGACAUCGCCAGAUGACCGUCGAAUAGCAGAAGAUUAUUUAGCACGAUUCUACAAGGAUCCUGAUGCGACUCAGCCGAAUGGCAGAAGUUUGUACCUUCCCAAUUUUGAGAAUGAUCUGAAAGCCAUGCAAGACUUUUUUGGACUGGAGGUCACAGGCAAGCUGGACACAAACACUGUGGAGGUGAUGAAACAACCGCGCUGCGGUGUCAGUGAUUUGGCAAGAUACGUCCACUUUGAUGGGAAGCCCAGGUGGAAGCAAAGUGUUGUAACAUACAGAAUAACUGAAUACACAUUGAAGUUGCGCAGGAGUGAAGUAGACGCCACUAUCGCUAAAGCCUUCAAGCUGUACAGUGAUGUCAUUCCUCUCGAUUUCAAACAGAUCUACAGCGGCACAGCCGAUAUCAUGAUUCUCUUCAAAGCAAGAUAUCAUGGAGAUAGCGAACCGUUUGAUGGACCCGGUCAGGUUCUGGCACACGCCUCCCCUCCUGGUCCAGAACAAGGAGGAGAUACACACUUUGAUGAGGAUGAGAAAUGGACAUUAAGUUCACAAGGUAUCAACCUGCUGUUGGUGGCUGCCCAUGAAUUUGGUCACGCGCUGGGAUUACAUCACUCUAACGAUCAAUCGGCUCUCAUGUAUCCAAAUUACCAAUAUGUCAACACAAAUGGCUAUAAACUUCCCGAGGAUGACCGACUCGGGGUCCAGGCUCUGUAUGGGGUUCGAGGAUCUACAGAUAAACCUAAACCAAAGCCUGAGCCAAAACCAGAGCCAUGCAAUCCUGACUUAGUUUUUGAUGCAGCAACCAGCAUUUGGGGAGAACUGUACUUCUUUAAAAAUGGAUACUACUGGAAGAAAGGAUAUUACAGUGGACUUUCACAGCAUAAAAUAAGCUCUUUGUGGCCGUCUAUUGAUUCUGUUGAUGCUGCUUAUACAGCGAAGGACAAAAAAACUGCCUUCCUCUUUAAAGGUCAGCAAUACUGGGGUGUCAGAGAUGGCAAAAUCUUACCUAGAUAUCCCAAACCCAUUUCCAACUUUGGGUUUUCCUCUUAUGUGAAAAAGAUUGAUGCAGCCGUAUAUGUGGCAUCCACUGAUGAAACUCUGUUCUUUGUCGGAAGCAAAUAUUGGAGCUACAAUGGACGGACAGGUAAACUGGGCUUUUCUAAAAGAAUUCGAGAUAAUUUCCCUGGAAUUGGGUCACGUGUGGAUGCUGCUUUUGAAAAUAGGGGUUACAUGUAUUUCUCAAAUGGUGCACAGCAAUUUGAGUAUGACUUCAGAGCAAAACGAGUCAAUCGUGUUCUGUUGAAUUAUGGAUGGCUAGACUGCUACUAAACAUAAACAACAGAUUUUUUUUAUUUACGGGUGGUUUUCUAGCAGGGUUUAGAUUAAGGUAGAACUAUAGGCCUUGAUUAUAUUAGGACAUUUAAGUAGUUUUUACAAACAUACCUUACAAAAAAAUAUUGGUGUGCAUGAGACAAAACAAUGGCAUUAGUAUAACUUAUGUCAGUGAAAGAUAUGUUGUUCUUAUAAGGCAGAUCAAGCAUGCAUUUAGUCUGGGGCUAUGCUUAAAGCCCUGUCCAGGAAAUGUUUAAGCACACCUUAUAAAGUUUCUGUUAAUUAAACUUCAGAAAAAUUGUAUUUCUUAAGAAAUAAAUAAAACACUUUCUGACCUAAA